CAAACAGAUUUUAAUCGUGUCCUUAUCACUGCAUCUGCAAAACAAAUGGUAGUGAUGACAUACGACCAGAUUUUGAGAGGCCCUACGUAUAUUAUUUACAGAAGUGAAUACGGUGCUUUGAGUCAUUCUCCCAAACUGGCUGCAGAUAAGGACAAACGGCAGGAAGCACUGUGCUCUGGCUGUGGCGCUUCUAAGAUCAAUGUUCUUUCCUAGCUCAUGGAGGCAAGAAAAUAGAACGUGCAAAUGUACAGAAGAAAAGACUAGGACUCGUCAUUUCGAGGAUACGCUUUGCCUAAGUGGAAACAAAAAAAAAAAUACAGUUUACGAUUAAACUGAUUUAUUUGCAAUUUGCAGAUGGAAUCUGAGCAUGAAUCUGAACAGGGUCAAGACGAGCAUUUAGGUAGCAGCAGCAGCGGCAAGACACGGCGUUGGUGAUGGUUUCAGUACACAAUCAUUACCAAAACGGGAAUUCUUCAGAGAAAAUUACAUGGGCAAAAACACUUGGUUCUUUUUUUCUGUCAGUUGCCGCUUGUGAAACCUGAUAGACCGAAGUUGUUUUCUGAAGUUUAUGGAGAUAAUAUUUUACCUGUGCUCAGCUCUCUUUCUCUCUAUCCCUCCAGUCGCUGGCAACUCAUUCCGAAACGGAGUUGGCAGCAACUACUCCAGCGCCUAUGAGAAGAACAUCCUCCCAUGCCGAAAGGAGGAGCUGCAGUGUGGUAAGGGGCUCUGCCUCGUUAACUGGCUGAAAUGUCACAAUAAGAAGGACUGUGGCAGGGAGUUGAUGUCGAUCAAAUUGGUCUGCUCAGAAGUGAGCUCGAACCAGAGCGGUCCGGUCAAUGAGUACCCCAACUACAGGGAGGGCGGCAGCGAGGCCAGCCUGCUGGUGUCGCCCCUGGUGGUUGCGGGCAUCGUCAUCGGCCUGGUGCUCUUCCUGUCUUGCGUCACCAUCAUCAUUGGCAGCCUAUGCAAAGACAGCCGGCUCCACAACCCCCACCUGCACACAGAGGCCAACUACGCUCCUGAUGGCUUUUCCUACGGAAGCUCUAUCGGGGAGCUGAGGUCAGCCUGCAUUGAGGAAUUCCCACCAGCCUUUGAUUUCGACUCCUACGUGGAGACGUUGUCCCAAGUCAACGUGAUGUACCCUGACUCUCCACCCCUCUACGAGGAAUGCGUGGGGCCCGGUGCGACGCAGAUAUACAUCCCCACAGAUGACCCUCCCCCUUACUCUCUGAAUGACCCCUGUCAAGGGAGCGAGACCCAGCCACCGCAUACCAGCUUGGAAAUGGAGGAGCUGAUGGAGGAGGCCUCAUGGGUGACAGGAAGUGCCUCCAGGUAUCCAGUCAGACUGCAGGAAAUCAGGCAGCAGCCAAUCUCCUCCAUCUCACUCCCCCUGGAGGAAGCACCUCCUUACGAGGUUGUCGUCUCCAACCAGAACCUGCCCCUCCCUAUGAUCCCACUGGACCUGCUCAAGCAAACAGCCCCCAAGUACCAUCAACAGCAACCCAUUAUCCACAGGAUCCUGUAAAUACUAUACCGCAAGACACUCCUACAGCAAGGUUUGUUUUGUUUGCUUUAGCCUUAUGUAUCCCUGUAUCAAGCCUAUUUUCUGAUACUGCACGACAAUAUGCUCUGCUACACUGCUCUCUCAUGAAUUGGUGCAGUCAACAAUCAGGACGAGGAAGAUAGAUGCUGAGGGCUUUUCAGAUUGCUGACAUUUUAUUAUUGUUGGGUGGUUCUGUAUACAGUUUUCUAAAUGGUUACGAGAUUGAAGUGACUCAGCAUAAUUUUCUCUGAUCUGCUUUUGCUGCAUCUGACCCGAUCCAGAACCUUUGUUGUAUUCAGCGGCCUGGCAAUCUCUGACACUUUUAAGAGAUUCCCGAAGGAGGCCGUGUGUUUUUCAACACAAAAGCGACUGUUUCAGAGUGGUGAGAAGCACAGUGAAGGAAGUCUGGACUGGUUCCAGCUAAAUACAAGAAAACUUCAACUGGGUAAACUGCUCCCAUAUCGGCUAUGCUUAUUGCUGUAUAUAUAGCAUACGAAAUUGUCUUGGAAAUUAUCCCCAAAUCUGCAGUAGCAAAACAAUUCGAUAAGACCAAAGAAUAUUCGAUUUAUAAGAUCAGACGGGCUGAGUUUUGAUACCAAUAUUGAGACUACCAUAUAAUAGUUAUAGUCUAUUGCUUACUGUAUAAUACCUCUAAAAGUCUGAACUCAUUGCAUGACAAGGUAUUUUAGAGGUAUUUUCCUCAGUGCCCAGUUUUUUGAAGGAUUUAAUGUUGCAAAGUUUCACAAAGUUGACAAGUAUAACAGUUAAAAAAAACAAUCUUAAUUGAUGUAUGGCAUUAGCACUAAUGUACUUUAACAUUCUUGGUAGAUUGUUAGGACAUUUUACUGUAAGAUAGAUUCAUUUAAAUAAUAGAGAAAGUGUGUCAAAAUCAAUAUGGAAGGUACAACAGUUAGGAAAAGAUGAUGCCCAUAUGCAAAAAUAACUGUAAGAGUUUUGCAGUGUAAUUGCAGGGCAUGUUGUUUACUCUGUAGGUCAAUAUAGAAUCUGUUUAUUUCCUGAAAUUCUUAUACAUCUUAAACUGCAGUUGAAGGAGUGGAGCUAAACCACAUUCUAACUGCAUCUCACAAUUCUUAACUGCACUGCCUCUGCAGUGUAGCUAAUAACCAGUAGAAAGAUACUAAAGAGUAGCAAAGGAUAUUACCCUCAGUGAGGGUCCCUUAGCAAUUCAGCAAACACCCGGGACUAGCGUUGUUCUAGACAUUCGUAAUAACAAAGUUCUGUUGUACAAAUCUUGUGGAUGUUGCGUGUUAUUAAAGGUAUUGUGAUUAUGACCUCCUCAACUCCCCAUCACCCCUGUUAUAAAUCAUUCCACUUCCUUCGACAGCUCCCCAUAGAGGUUAUAUAAACCAUGAAUAGAUAUUUAUUAGUCAGGCCAGAAAUUAAACUGUUAUCAAAUCUACGUGGUGUAAACAUUUCGUUUAGGUGGUACAAACUAUGUGUUUGAAAUGGUCUGCUACCAACAGCACACCUGCUUAGUAUUGUAUUUACCAGCAUAACCGAAUCUGGAGUCUUUGUCUUUUCUGCACGCCUGAUGUACAGUGCUGUAUCAAUACAACCUGGUUUGUGUGUUUAGUAUAGAGGGGAGUUAUGCUGUAUCAUUUGAGUGCAGUGACACCCAGUGGCAGCAGCUGCAUCACCACCUAUUGAAAAGUAACUGCAUUGUAGUGUACAGUGAAUAUGUAUUAAAUUGAGACUGAUACCUGUACAGCACUGUAGCUGCAUGUUUUCACUGUAACUACAAUGAUUCUGAAAUGUAAGAGGUGCUGGGACAAAUGUUGUUUUUGAAUAUUCUUUCUAGAUCAAUUCUACCCCCAUUUUUUUUGUAAUCUCCAUGAAACUCACAUUUAGACAUCAUAAUGGCAUAAUAGCAAUGGUAUACCUGAUAAGUGGUUUGCAGUUACUUGAUUGAGAGUACAUAGCUGGAAUUUACUGGGCUUGACCUGUUAGCACAGACAUUCAUUGGUUAAUGUUUGCUACACACAGACCGAGCAUUGCAAAUGUUCUCUUAACUAGACCAUUAAAGGAGUUCACACCUUGUCACCUGGGAGUAGUAUAAUAAUUCUAAGAACUUAUUUCAAGAUUUCAACAUGUUUGUCCAAGAUUUUUUGUUUCUUGUAGUAUUACUACAGUAAAAUGUACCGGUAUAUUUUUGCUACUGUCAGGUUAAAUUAACAUGGUCAUGUCAAGCAACUUUUCAAAAGUUCAAAUAUUCAAAUAGUUGUCCCAGCACCAAAUUGUAACUGCUGUUUAACAUCACUUGUUAUAGUGCUGUCUGCAAUUGAAACAAAUGUAAGUUGCAGUCCAGUUAUUGGAAGAUUAUACCAGCUUCACUGCAGUUUAUUUUCUUGUGGGUUUACAUUGUUACAUAUCCCAGCACAUGCCAAGGACAAAAGGAAGGAAUGUACACUCCAUGUAUUGUAUGUCUCUAUUUCUAUGGUCAAUUAUUGUUAUUAGUAAUAAUGAUGCUUGUUUCCUAUUACUGGAAUCGUACGUGUAUUUUCAUGGUUUGUAUUAGAGCUUUCUUAUA